GUUCUGAUUGAUGAGCUAAGCCAACCAGAGUCGGUUCCAUAAGGUGAUUGGUAACUUGCUGCCAUUUAGUAAAGACAUCAACAUGGCUCAAAUAACUGAAGUGGAGUCCAACUAUCGGAAACUCUUUAAAGAUUUUCUGCGCAGUAGCUAUAUUAGUGGAUUACAACCUCUGCUGCUGCACUCGCCCGUGCAAUACGCCAAAGCCCUCUGGGUGGGGUUCCUCGCUGUUAUUGUUGUCUGGACACACAUCGUUAUCAUCAAUCUAACCCUCGAGUACAUUGACCAACCCACUGAAAUCCACAUGGCACCCAAUCUGGUGCACGUGUCCAACAGCCCCUUUCCCGCUGUGGGUGUCUGCAGCUCCAAUAUGAUCAGCAGACGCCUAAUGCAAAGCUAUGCUUCCAAAAUUUAUCAGCACCAGUCCAUGCACAAAACAUCAGUUGGCAAUGGCAGCCGCUACGUCCCGUUAGAUGCGGACAAUUUGGCGCGCCGCCUGCUGGUGCUGACCAACUUCUACCUGAAUGCGCACGACGAGGCGCCGUUGGACGUCGCCGAAUUGGGUCAGCUUCACUGGCUGCUCAAUAGCUACUAUAAUGGCAGCGGGUACUCGGUGCAUGAUAUAUUGAGAGAGUUGUCGCCCGACUGCGGCGACCUGGUGCUGCGUGGGAUCAUCUAUGGCGCGCCCGUCAACACGAGUCAACUGUUUCUCAAGCGGUCAACAACGGCGAGUGUGUGCUGCAUAUUUAACUAUAGACGACCCAGCUAUUCCCAGUACCCCUCUCAGCGUGCUCAAGAUGACGCUGAAAUGUCUGCACUGCCGCAGGUGGUCUUUGAAUCGAACUCCAUACUUAAUGGCAUACAGUUUGUGUUGCAGGAUAUAAAAGAGGAUGAUUUAACAGAAAGAUAUCUCAGCAACACGGCAUUUCGGCUUAUGAUAUUUCCACAGGAAGAUUAUGCUACUGUACAAUCCAAUAAACAUGGCGAACUGCUCGUCGAUCAUCAUACAAUUGUAGAGGUGCCCAUACAGCCCAAGUUUUUCGACUCCAGCAUCGCGGUGCGCGGUGUAACCCCACAAAUACGUCGCUGUUACUUUCCUGAGGAGGGCAGGCAGCUGUUGAAUCAAUCCUACUACUCUUUGGAUGAGUGCAUCCUGCUCUGUCGCAUUGAGAGCAUGGUGCAGCAUUGCGGUUGCGUCUCCUCGCCCAUGGCCGGCACCGCACGCAAUGUGAGCUACUGCACGCUUCUGGACUUGCCGUGCCUGAUGAAAUGGCGUAACAUUUGGUAUGGCUACAAUGAGUAUCCCUAUGUGCAGGAAGAUGCCGCCAGCGUAUCACAAUGCCUCCAUUGCCUGCCCACCUGCGACGGCGUCAACUUUGAGAUUAUCAGCAAUGUGGCGCCGCUGCGUAAAAGCUACAAUUCAUCGGGUUAUUAUCGUGGUUUACUCAAGGGCCUGAACAACGAUCGUCCUUUGUCCAUUAUAAAAUUGUUCUUCAAGUUGCGUUUUGCGCAGGCCACACAAAUGGAUAUGGUUGGCGAUUGGGUUGUGCUGCUCAAUCGCUUUGGUGGCAUUUUAUCGCUGAUGUAUGGCUUCAGCAUUAUCAGUUAUAUUGAAAUUCUUUAUUAUCUAACAGGCAAAUGGUUUGUCUUCUACUACAGGGCAUACAAAAGUCCCAAGGAGAGCAGCAAAACCAAUGAUCUGAAUAAGUCACUGAACUGGAACGAGUUGAUGCCCCGUGGCAUAGAGUGGUUCCGGCAUCAGGAAUUACGAAAGCAGCCGUCACAAAAAUAAUAUUGUUGCAGAACAUUUUCGCUUAUGUGAAUUGCUUAACACAAUUGCACAGUAUAUUGAAAUCGCUUUACGCUUACUCUCUCGCACACAAAAAUUCAACAAUCGCAUGAACUUAUAGAAAUUAAACUGUAGUUAAUGUUAAUGUAAUGCAUGCUACAAAUGUAAUGCCGUUUAAACGAUUCAUGUUCGAUAUAAUCAUGAUUUUAAUAAUCAUCACCGCGCGAUACCACCUCCUUGCAUGUGGGUCGCAAUAUGAUGGUGUGCUCAUACUGGGCCGUAUAGCAGCCCUUGGUGUCGCACAGAGGCGGAUAGGCCUCAACAAUGCCCUUGUCGCAUAGAUCCUUAAGUGCCAUUUGAUAUUUGGUGGCACCGGCGCGAUCUAGC